UUCAGCCCUUUUUUCUCUACUAAAAUUUUCUAUUUAGUAGUUCAUUAAACCAUUUAGGACGAACAGCUUUUUAAAUCCAUACGUCUUAUAUGCGUAUGUACAAAUAAAAGUAUUUAAAUUUACCAUUAAAUUAAAAGUGUCGAAUAUAAAUUGUUCCGUCGACGUCGCUUGAUUUUAUUGGUCAUUGGCUACGAAAACCGCGACACAAACAAAACGAAAAACAAAAACCAAACAAUGAAGAAUUGCUUAGGAUAAGAAAAAGGUAUUACAUACAUGCGACCGGCGAAAUAUCACCUCAUUUGCAGUAUUUAUUUAAGAAUAAGCAUACUCUGACAUAGUGACGUGUCAUAAAGAAGUGCAGCAGCGAUACCAAAUAAUAUUGUUCAAUUAGGUACAUAAAAUUAAAAGACAAUAAUGUGUGGCACAAAUACGACGGGCACAAAAGGUACACGAGCUCUCAUACUUGUUGGGGGCUAUGGCACACGAUUACGUCCAUUGACAUUGAGUACACCGAAACCUCUGGUGGAAUUUGCCAAUAAACCAAUUUUAUUACACCAACUGGAGGCAUUAGUGAGCGUUGGAUGUAUGCAGGUUAUACUUGCUGUCUCGUAUCGCGCAGAGCAAAUGGAACAAGAACUUAAGCAAGAAGCAGAGAAAUUAGGUGUAAAUUUAAUAUUUUCCCAUGAAACCGAACCUCUUGGGACUGCCGGUCCAUUGGCAUUAGCAAAAGAUAUACUCUGUUCUAGCGACGAACCCUUUUAUGUACUCAAUUCAGAUGUUAUAUGUGAUUUCCCCUUUAAGCAAUUAGAGCAGUUCCAUAAAAACCAUGGUAAAGAGGGCACAAUUGUGGUCACGAAAGUGGAAGAGCCAUCUAAGUAUGGUGUAGUACUGUACGACGAAAAUGGUCGCAUUGAAAAUUUUAUUGAAAAACCUCAAGAGUUUGUAAGCAAUAAAAUUAAUGCCGGUAUUUAUAUAUUCAAUACUUCUGUACUGGAACGGAUUGAAGUCAAACCCACAUCGAUUGAGAAAGAAGUGUUUCCCGUAAUGGCCAACGAAAAUCAACUGUAUGCAAUGGAAUUACCCGGUUUUUGGAUGGAUAUAGGGCAGCCGAAAGAUUUUCUAACAGGCAUGUGUCUUUAUCUAACAUCCCUGCGACAGAAGCAAUCAAUGCAACUUUACACCGGUCCGGGUGUAGUUGGCAACGUUCUAGUAGAUCCCACAGCGAAGAUUGGCGAGGGUUGCCGUAUCGGGCCAAAUGUUACAAUCGGUCCGGAGGUGGUAAUUGAAGAUGGCGUUUGCAUCAAGCGCUCAACAAUCCUCAAAGGUGCUAUAGUUAGGUCGCAUUCAUGGUUGGACUCCUGCAUUGUUGGUUGGCGUUCUGUAGUCGGUCGCUGGGUGCGUAUAGAGGGAAUCACAGUGCUUGGAGAAGAUGUUAUUGUGAAGGAUGAAAUCUACAUAAAUGGCGGACAGGUGCUGCCUCAUAAAAGUAUUGCUGCUAGUGUUCCAGAACCACAAAUUAUAAUGUGAAUAUUGCUUGUGGACUAAAGAACGCACACGAUUGCGAAUGUGCAUAUAUAUGUACAUGUGCUGCAGGCAUGAAAUCGCUUCAAUUUAUGACAAUUUUUGGCAAAGCUUUCUUGUCAUUCUAAGCUUUAUCCUUAAAGAAUCCUUAAACUAUAUUUUUUGUUCGCAUUUAGGUGAUAAAAAUCUUGCUUUCCAUCAUUUCCAACUCGCCUUGCUAAAUUUUUAAGUAAAUAUACAUACAUACUUUAUAUUUAAUAUUCGUGUAUGGAUAUCAUAAAUGAUAUCAUAUGUAGGUUUUAUAUUAAUGUGAGUUGAACAUAUGCCACGCGCAUAAUAUUAUGUAAACUGUAAAUUUUGAAACCGUUUUAGUUUUUAAUUUUUUGCAUCAUAACACUUGCAGAAAAUGCGCUAUGUGUGUAUGAUGAAAAGGAAUAACGGCUUAAAUCGAACUAAGCACAAUGACACAACGGUAAACGCGAAAAUUUUUACAGACAAAUUUAUAAGUCGAAACUGAUAAUUUUUUAAAUUUUUUGUAUGUAAGUUCAGAGGCUGAUGUAAUAAAAUAUUAAUGCGUACAUUAUUCAUUCAAAUAGGGACAAUGCUUGUUCGACAGGUUUCUGGGUUAUUUUACUUCCAUUUAGUUUUCAUUAUGUUUCAAUUGAAAUACAUAGUAUUUUUAGUGAAUUGAAUACCGUUCAUUCCAAGUUAAAUAUAUAAAAUCAGCUGAUCUAGUAACACCACCUUAUAGAUAUAAAUUCGCCUUAGUUCAUUCCCUAACAAGAACCAUAUAAACCCAAGCUACAAACUUUGUGCAACAAAAUUUCAAAUUUUUCCCAGAGUUUUUAGAAUUCAUCUGUGUGUGUAGUUUUGCAGCCCAUCUAGUUUAAGGAUAAUAAAGUGAAAUUUUUUUACCGACGAUCUUCCAGAGUUUUUUCCAUAUAAAAAAAUGUGAGCAUGCGUUAUAGAGAACAAAUUGCGGUAUACCGUCAAUAAAAAAUUGUUAAAAAUUGAUUGGGCUGCAUACUUGAAAAAUUCUGAGAAAAAAGUUUGAGAUUUUGAUGCUAAUUUUUUUAAUUUUCUACGUAUCGAUGGUCCUGUGCAAUAACGACACAAUUGAAAAUUCAAAAAAUAAAAACCACUGUUAAGUGGCUCAUGUCUCUAAUUCUUAUUGAAUCUAUGUCUAAUCUUUAGUACGUACUUAAGCAGUCCUUACUGCUUACUUAAGUAAGGGUUGGAAAUGAAUUAUACAAGGAUUUAGGCAAGAGCCACUUAACAGUUUUUAUUUCUUGAUUUUUGAAUUGUGUCGUUAUUGCAGAGGACCAUCAAUAUGUAGUUUGAAACUUGCGUUUAUUUGGUUUUUGUUAGAGAAUGAACUGUAUUUUAAUUGUAAAAUAAUGGAAAUUAAAUAAAAGAAAAAUAACCCAACAAAAAAGCCUUGUUUGUCCCUCUGCAGGUUUAUGGGAGUGUAUAGUGUUAACAUAUACUUACAUAUACAUAAAGUUAUAUUUUAUUAUGGCUCAAAACCCCGUUAAGUACCAUGAAAUAAAAUUAAAGAAAUAAAGGCUUAAUACUUAUUUAUCAGUAGA